UCCCAGAGUGAGUUGAAUGAGUGGCUCUGCUCGUUUACUGGUGCGUAAACCCACAGAGAAGGCAAUAUCUGUGUGCCUUUGCCUGGACCGUAGCCACUCACAAUACUUUCUUUCUUCCAUAACUGCCACUUUCUUCCUCUCUACGAAUUCCAUUAUUUCAAAGCAGAGAGAGGAUGGGUAAUCUGUGUUGUUGCGUGCAAGUUGACCAGUCCACAGUAGCUAUCAAGGAGAGAUUUGGGAAAUUUGAUGAAGUUCUUGACCCUGGAUGCCAUUGCCUACCUUGGAUUUUUGGAAGCCAGCUUUCCGGCCAUCUGUCACUGAGGUUGCAGCAGUUGGAUGUUCGUUGUGAGACCAAGACAAAGGACAAUGUAUUUGUUAAUGUUGUUGCAUCUAUUCAGUAUCGCGCACUGGCAGAUAAAGCAAGUGAUGCUUUCUACAAACUCAGCAACACUAGAACCCAAAUCCAGGCCUAUGUUUUUGAUGUAAUUAGGGCAAGUGUUCCAAAACUUGAUCUGGAUGAUGCUUUUGAGCAGAAGAAUGAAAUUGCCAAAGCUGUGGAAGACGAACUUGAAAAGGCUAUGUCUACUUAUGGAUAUGAAAUUGUGCAAACACUCAUUGUUGAUAUAGAACCAGAUGAGCAUGUAAAGCGGGCAAUGAAUGAAAUAAAUGCAGCUGCAAGACUGAGGGUGGCAGCAAAUGAGAAGGCAGAGGCUGAGAAGAUUCUCCAAAUUAAGCGAUCUGAGGGUGAUGCUGAAGCAAAAUAUCUUGCUGGGCUGGGUAUUGCUAGUCAGAGACAGGCAAUUGUGGAUGGAUUAAGGGAUAGUGUGCUGGGUUUCUCUGAAAAUGUACCAGGCACCACUGCAAAAGAUAUCAUGGACAUGGUCCUUGUCACUCAAUAUUUUGACACAAUGAAGGAAAUUGGUGCUGCGUCUAAAUCAUCUGCAGUGUUUAUUCCUCAUGGACCUGGUGCUAUACGUGAUGUUGCUUCUCAGAUUCGUGAUGGACUGCUCCAGGCUUCUGCCCACCAGUAACUGAGGUACAUUUGCAGCUUUAUGGCCUUAUGGGUUUGUGUUGACAGGAGCUUUAUAAGCGUUACUUCCUUUUGUUUUUUGGGCAAAGGUUUCAAAUGUUGAGGUCUUGUUAUGUGAUGACACUUGCAUUUCACUUGCCUCCUUGGUUCACAAAUUAUGCGAGUUGCAUGAGUAGUGGUUCUCUCUAUCGUACACUCCAUUCACUAAAGAAAACGUUUUGUGUAAUAUCUUCACAAUUUCAGUGUGCAAGAACCAAGAAGCUUGUAAAUAAACACAGCAUGAAUAAUAGCUUUGUAAAUUGAACUUUAUAUAAUUGUAUUGUUUUCCAACAGUGGUUGAUA